AUCAUAAAUGACCACCAACAGUGGCUCACUGCAAGAACUCAAAGAGUUGAGCACCAGUCAAGUCAACCUUCAUUCUCCUGCAGAGUGUUCUUCUCCGAGCGAUUUGGCAACUAGUCCACCAAUUUCAAGUCCAAUGCAACCUCCUAAAAAGUUUGCAAGUGUAAAAUAUGAUUCAUCCACUACCAAUUCACAUAUUGCUGAAGAAGGACCUGCCAAGUCCAUUACUACAUCAAUAAGAACACCACGUUCUUCUUCAGUUAAGAGCAAAGAUUCAGAUGUCAUUCUCACUUGUAAUACUUGCUUAGGAACUUUACAGCUUUCAACAUUGAGAAUUUUCAGUUUGAGUUCUCUAGUUAUUAAUUUAACUUCAUUCCUCAUUUUGGCUGGUCUAAUCAUUGCUGCGUUCGUGUUACAAUACGAAUAUAACAAUGUGUGGGAUAAUUUGGAUUCUGACACUAACUAUUAUAGAGAAACAACUAUUGCAGCUGCCAGAUCUUCAGUCUUUUCCAAUUACAAUUUAACACUUACUCAAUUAUAUCAAACCAAGUACAAUACCUAUCUGUCAAAGUUCAGUAACAAUACUGCUUACUUUAAAGCACUCGUUCCAGAAUCUAUUAGAAAUGUGGCACUAAAGGGAAAACCUAAUGCAGAAUUAGAAACCUCCAAAGCCAUCUUUCUCGAACAAAGAGCUAUCAGACUAGCAAUGAAUGGAAACUAUUCAACUGCCAUGAUUUUGUUAAAUUCACAACAAUAUCAAACCUAUCUUGAUGGAUAUAAGGAUGAAUUUCAAAUCAUGGUCUCCUAUGUGGAUAAUACCAAGAAGGAUAGUCAGAGUGUAACUGUCAUUAUGGUUACUAUUUCACUAGUAGUCAUUUUGAUUUCACUUAUAUUGGUAGUUCCUGUCAUUGUCACUUCAUUUGUGGCAUCAGUCAAGAAGGAUGAAUCUACUAAUAGAAAACUCAAUCAAGUGAGAGCAUUUCUAUUAAUGGAUACAAUGGAACAUCCAAUUACUAGAGAAUUAUUUAGAAAACAUUGUCAGAUUGAGUUGAGCAUUGAGAACUUCCAAAUUUUGGAAAAGAUUUCAGAUUACAAAAUUUUGUGUGAAAGGAGUUUUGACAUUCAAGAAUAUUUGUUCGAGCUUUCAUCUGAAAUAAGUAGUGAUGCAGGUUCUGAUUCAACAGAUCACAAGAAGAAAAAGAAGAAAUUUAGUGAAAAGGAUUUACUUGAUGUGGAAAAGAAGAAGUACGAAAUUUCGUUCGAAAUCUACACAGAUUAUUUAGAUGUCAGAGGUGAAAAAUCUGUCAACCUGCCAAAAUACAUGACCGAUAAGGUCAAGAAUCACUUGGAUUUAUUUGCCACUGCUCAAAACGAACAUUUGAUUGAUUCAUUAUUUGAUGAUGUCGAAUCUGAAAUUUGCAUUUUGAUGCUUGACACUCAUCAUCGUUUCAAACAAACAAUUCAAUUCGAAAAGUUGGCAAAGAAGGAAGCCAUUAAGAAGAGAAUAAUCAUUUAA